AUGGGAACAGGUGCUCUUGAUGAGAUCUUGAUAAACCCUGUAGCUACGUGCAAAAGCCUGAAGGUUGAUUGUUUAAAAGAAGUAGAAGAGCACCGGUGGUGGAUGCCAGUCAUCUCUCCGAAUUCCCGUACUGCUUUGCCACUAUGGAUAAUUGCCCUCAUUGUGUUUGGAGUUUUGGCAAUUCUGGGAAUAACCAUUGGUCUUCUGGUUCAUUUUCUGGCAAUAGAAAACAGGACCUACUAUUAUCAAGGUAGCUUUAAGGUGGUGGAUAUCCCAUAUAAUAGUAAUUAUGAAAAGGAGACAUCAGAAGAAACUAACCAACUUAGCAAAAUUCUUGAGACCAAGAUGGUGGAUGCAUUUGACAGUUCUAGCAUUUACAGACAAUAUAUCAAUUCUCAAGUCAUCACCUUGGUUCCUGAUACUAAUAGUGUGACAGCUCAGAUAUGGCUGGUAUUCAAGUCUUCCAAAUCAAGAAAGGAAAGUACAAGAAGAAGCAUUGAAAGCAUCUUACAACAGAUGCUGAGGAACCAAUCAGGAUCUGUGACAACAGAUCCCAAUUCUCUUAGGCUAGUAGAAACUAGUAAAGUCAAUGCUGAAAAGAUUAUCAAUAAUCGCUGCGGGAGACGAGCAAGGAUGUCGGCUACCUACGACCGAGUCAAGGGAGGCUCCAGCGCUCAGGAAGGAGAAUGGCCCUGGCAAGCUAGCCUCAGAAAGAAUGGCAGGCACUAUUGCGGGGCCUCUCUGAUCAGUGACAGAUACUUAGUGACUGCAGCUCACUGCUUUAAAAAGUCCCAGAAUCCAAAUAACUAUACAGUCAGCUUCGGCACAAGAGUAACACCACCCUACAUGGAACAUUAUGUUAAAAAAAUAAUUAUUCAUGAAGCCUAUAACCCAAAGGAGUAUCAUGAUGACGUUGCCCUUGUACUGCUCACGGAAAACGUUUUAUUUAAUAAUGAUGUACACCGCGUUUGUCUCCCUGAAGCCUCCCAAAUUUUCCCCCCAGGUGAAGGUGUUGUUGUGACAGGAUGGGGAGCCUUGUUUCAUGAUGGGCAAUACCCAGUGGUACUUCAGAAAGCACCCGUGAAGAUUAUUGAUACAAAUACUUGUAAUUCUGUAGAAGCAUAUAAUGGUUUGGUUUGGGACACAAUGUUAUGUGCUGGUUACAUGGAAGGAAAUAUUGAUGCCUGCCAGGGUGACUCUGGAGGACCGCUAGUUCAUCCCAAUUCCAGAAACAUUUGGUACCUUGUUGGAAUAGUGAGCUGGGGGACAGAAUGUGGUAAAAUCAGUAAACCAGGAGUCUAUAUGCGCGUGACCUCCUACCGAAACUGGAUUGCCUCUAAGACAGGUCUUUAA